AUGGCGCAUAACGGGUUUACCUCGACUGGGUUAGGAAUGCCUACCGGAGGGUUAGCUUCACGUCGCGGCGGUGGCCAGAACAUUAAGCCCCUGUCCUUCGAGACCAUCAAAGCUGCAUCCGAGCACAAGGACAACGGUGUUCCAACUCCGCGAACUAGUCGAUCUCACCUGCUUGCAGGCCUCAGAACGGCACCGAAAUCGGCUACGGCGACAUCUUUCGCUGCCGCCUCUCCCACCUCUGCUGUCCCACCUACUCAUGUACAUGGUAGGAAUAGCAUCGUCGGUAACAUGUACGGGAGCCAAGAGAACAUGUAUGUCGGUCCCAAGACUUCUCUUCCUCGUCUUUCAUCUCAGCAGCAGCAACAACAUCAUCAUCACCAUCACCAGCAGCAGCAGCAGGGCUACAAUCAAAUGAUGAACAUGAGCCACCAGCAGUAUACCGCUGAGCAGAUUCUGGCACCUCCCGAGCUUCAUCUCGAUGAGCAGGUUCAAGAUCAGAUGGAUCCUUCCCUAUAUGCUCAAUUGGUGGCCACCAAUAUGUACCUCGCCCAGCAACAGCAGAGACUACAGCAGCAGUUGCUUAGUGUCCAAGCUGCCGCUCAGCAGUUCCAAAGCAUGAGUCUCAGCGGACAGUCAGUACUACAGCAGCAAAUGGCCUUGCAGAAUUUAUAUCACCAGCAACAGCAGCUCAAGAACCUCCAACAAUCGAUGGCCUCGUCAAUUCCGACCCAGCAAAAUUUGUACACCUAUUUCGAUCCCGCGUCCGGUCAGCAAGUGUACUAUAUCGAUCAAGGUGUCAGCCAGAUGAGCAACGCCAACAACAGCUACGUAGAGCGAGCUCCCGGCACCCCUCAGGGUUACAACCGCCACCAACCGAGCAACAGUACUCCUCGUGUUCAAGUUUCGCCGCCUCCUGCCGAAAACAGCCCGCCCACGUUCCGAACUACCUCGCCCCCGAAAAAGGUGGAGUUAACGGCAGAGCCCACACCUCUGCCCCCCCCCUCUGCCAACGCUUUUCGCCGAGGCCAUAAGAAGUCAUCGUCUCUAGCUGGUGUCAACAAGGGGCUAUCUCUAUCGACGGACGAAGCACCGAAGUCCGCUGGCCCAAAGACCGCUUCUUUCCCUCUAUCGCCCAUGACUAAUGGUGGUUAUGGUCCCGGUCAAGGUCGUGCUGGCGAGCAUCCGAUCCGUCAGCCUCGUGGCCCUCCGGCGUUGGAUGAGCUUAGGGCGAAACCUACUGCUAAGCACGAGGGCAGCAAGAACUUUGCGGCGCGAACUCGUCGCUCUGCUGUCCAUAACUUAGUGAAGGCUGGUAUGGUUAGACGUAAGGGUACGGGUAGUAGCUGCGGAAGCAUGAGCCCCGUAUCCGAGAGUGCCGAGGAAGUCGGCAGCCCUGUGACCGACAACGAGUCUGACUCUGGGCGUAGUGGCUCGGGCAGCCUCUCCGGCGACGCGGAGCCGAGUCUGGCUAGUUCCAGGACUUCCACCAGUGGCAGCUGGGGAGCUAUUGGCUCCGAUCGACCGGGCUCGCGCCAGAAGUCGCGCAAGAGUGUCGAUAGCCUGUCUAGCAGCGGUGAGGGCGAAGGCAGCUUUGCGAGCGUUUUCAAGAAUGGUUCCCAACGACCAGGCAAGACCGAGUUGAUCGAUGGGCAGCGGAAAGCGCCUAUGCUCGUCCUUACCAGCGCCGAGAAGCGCAAGGGUGGCGUCGUGGUGGCUUAA